GUUAUUCAACGCUUGGGCCAGGCACUUAAAAUUGUUAAAAAAUUAUUUGGUUUCUCAAAUAAUAAUUUGUAAGAAAUGAACAAGAAGCCUACAGAUUUGGUCAAGCUAACAAAAGCCGAAAUGGCCAAGUGGCUCAACGGCUUCGAUACGGUGUUCACGGAUUGCCGUGGCGUGCUGUGGCUGGACAAGGUCAUAGACGGUGCACCCGAAGCCAUUGCAUUACUCAAAUCGCUCGGCAAGGAAGUUUAUUUUGUUACUAAUAAUAGCAAAAACACGCGUUGCGAAAUCUGGCAGAAAGCUACGGCAAAUGGAUUUGAAAUAGAUGAAUCGCACAUUAUAGCGCCUAUAAACUCAAUUGUUGAGUAUCUGCAGGCGCGCAAUUUUCGAAAGAAAGUCUAUAUAAUAGGCGCCGAGGCUGUACGCAAGUCAUUAACCGAAGCUGGUAUUGAAAGUUUCGGACCCGGCGCCGAACCAACACCAGAUAAACUAGACGAUUUGAUUGCACAACAAGUGGCCAAACAGAAGGCUGACAAUGUGGGUGCUGUUAUUGUGGGCUUCGAUAAACAUUUCUCUUUCGUGAAAUUGUUUAAAGCCUGCAAUUAUAUUAGUGCAAAUGCGGAUUGUCUCUUCAUGACUACGAACGCAGAUAAUAUGCUUCGUUUUCCCGAAUAUCGUAUACCUGAUACUUUUGCGGUUACGGCAGCUGUGGAGGCGUGUGUGGAGCGUAAAGCUUUGCAGUUUGGCAAACCGAAUCCAGAGAUUUGUCAAGAAUUGAUCAGGUUGGGGAAGAUUGUGCCGAAGCGUACGCUCAUGAUCGGAGAUGUUUGCGAGAUCGACAUGUCAUUUGGUCACAAGUGCGGGUUCCAGACUUUGCUAGUGGGUUCUGGUCCUAGUAGCGACUAUGAAUUUAAUGUGGUGCUAAAGAAUCCCAAUGUAAAUCCAGACUAUAUACCCGAUUUCAUUGUGCCUUCUUUAGGUCAUAUAACGAAACUUAUUUAGACUAUAUUUUAUGUAUUGGUACAUAUACAUAUACAUUGUGACAAAAAAGUACCUGGAAAUUGUAAAAAACGCUAAUUUUUUAAUUAUUGAUAAAUAUUUACUUGUAUGUUGUCGCCUUCAAAGUAAUAUCCACCAGAUGUGAUGCACUUAUGUUAACGAUUUUUUCAGUUUUCAAAAAAUCUUUUCAUAGGAACUUUUUGAAAUGACCUUCAGCUUCUUCAGCGAAUUUUGUUUUAUUUUUUCGAUCGACUGAAAACGGGUUCCAUUCCGAUGAUUGUUUAAUUUUUUGCAUGUCAAACUCAUAAACCUAUGUAUGUCUCAUUGGCAGUAAUAAUGCUCUCCAUGAAUAUGGGAUCGGAAUUCGCACGAUC